AAAUAAGGUUAAGGCCUAUGAGUUGAAUAAUGGAUUGUGUUGAUCGCGAAUUUGGAUUUUAUAAUAUCAAGUUAGUCAAUAUCGUGUACAGCGAAGGGUAGCUAUAUAUGUAGGUAGAUAUGCAUUAAGAGUGAAGGUGUUCGUAUCAAACGUUUCAUGAUUGGUUUGGGUGUCAUUUACCUUAAAUUUUAAGCCAAGAAAAAUGUUAACUGGUAUAAUUUAAAGGAGUUUUAUAGGAUUUGGAAGCACGAGGAUAAAUACUAUAGAAAAACUAUAAUAUUUAAGGGAAAAUGAGCAACCGCGGAACAUUAUUAUCCGCUUAUCGAAGAGAAAGGGCCAGACAGUAUCAGAACUGUCGGAAACCCAUCGGUGGACUUUUUUCAGCCUUACUAUUAACUACCAUAGCAGUCAUAACACUCAAUUCUACAUCAUUGGUUCAUAUACCACCUAGCUUUCAGAUGUUUCAACAAAAACCAAUCCAGAAUUUCAGUGAAGCCAGGGAAUGCCUUUUACCAGAUUCGGAGAGUGUUUUAACUAAAGUAGGAGAAAGGUGUAUUUAUAUACAGUCAGUUAUAGCCAGUUACAAGGAACCAGCAUCUACUGUAAUCAGUGUUGUCGUAAACGCAUGGGAUGGGACGUAUACAUCGCCCGAUUUUGUGUGUUGCUUACGCGCAGAUAGAGACGUUAUAAAGGUAAUGCCAUAUGUUUUCAAUAGAUAUUCCGUGGAGAGCCCGUUUCGGGCGACUCAGUUUAACUGUCUCGUAAAUGCAGAACGAUUGAAGCCGACACAUAUAGCUUUGGCUGACCAUUCUUGUGACCAAACAGCUUUAAAUUAUUCACCGAUAACCUACCCAGAAAAGGAUGUUGAUCAAUUAGCCGUUUGCGCAGGAGUAGCGUAUGGAAGAUUGGUGCCGGAACGACUAACAGAAUGGUUUGAACUUCAGAAGAUUCUUGGAGUGGAAAAGGUUGUGACAUUCACAUACAAUUUAGAUAGAGAUUCCAUGAAAGUGUUGAAAUAUUAUGAGAAUGACGGAAUAUUACAGAUAAUUCCGUACAAUAUUCCACUGAUUAUUAAAGCCAAACCUGACAGAGGUUUUGAAUUAAACCAAAGAUGGCCUCCUCAGUAUUUAAAUGAUAUUCAGAUGUCGUUAUUUGAUUGUAAAGAACGACUACAGGGUUAUAGAUAUAUGAUGGUAACAGGUUUUCAUGAAGUUAUUAUACCAAAAGGCAAAAUAGCCAAUCUGUAUGAUUUAUUAGAGCAUCGUCUUAGGGUAGAAUAUCAGCAGGCAUCUAGCUUCAGUUUCCCAGUAAAAACUUUUAUAACUGAUUGGAAUAAAUCGGAUCCUGAUAAUCAGCUCUUCUAUCUACAAUAUCUACAGAGAACUCCAUUAAAUACUACUAAUACGAGAUCGGUUCAUAUACCUGGUAGAAUCACAGAAUUAACUAACACCCAUGUUAUACCACAAUAUCACUAUCAACGAAUCAUUUUAUCCGGAGAAAUGGCAUAUGUACAUCAAUAUAUAUCUUGUCCGCCAUAUUUACACGAUUGUUAUACCUCAACACGCUAUCAUGAUGGAGGUUUGUUUUUCUUUGAAAAGAUCCUGAAAGAUAGAAUGAAAAAUGUUCCACCUGAACUUCGCCAAGAAUUCUAAUGGAUAUAGUAUCUAGAGCGUGCCGCUAGGAUAUAUCUGGAUUUAUUGCCCAGCUCCAUGACCAAAUUUUACAUAGAACAGUCACCCCACGGACUUGUUACAGGCAUUUAUACAUGUGGCAAUACUUUCAUUGAUGUAACAGUAUCAUUGUACAUUAAAUAUCACAGCUGACAUCGUCAUUUCAUCGACUUAUAUUCCUGGGGACAUUAGAUAAUAGUAUUGUUUAAAUUCUCCGAUGAAUUCCCAACCCUUUUGAAUGGAAAACCUUUUAUAUCACACCCCCCCCCCCCCGCCGGCUCCUCAUUACCAACUGGGUGUUUUGUUUUAUGUUUGUUUUAAACAGAAAGUAGGAAAGUGCGUGUACAUUGCUUAGUUGUUCCCACACUGUGUAAUUUGACGUAUUUCCUAUAAACAGUAUUUACAUGUUUGUUUAUAUAAAUUAUUUGUUGUUCUAUUUAUUAUUAAAGUUUAUUAUAACAGUGA